CAAAAAAUCCAUAGCAUCACUACCUCCGGCAAAAAUUGGGAUGAAAAUAGGAGGAUGACCAUAAAGAGUGGCAGCGGCCAGGCCUGCGCUGCUUGCAAGUACCAACGACGGCGGUGCACGCCCGAGUGCCUCCUGGCGCCCUUCUUCCCGGCCGAUGAGCCCAAGAUGUUCCAGAACGUCCACCGCCUCUUCGGUGUGAAGAACAUCCAGAACCUCCUCAAGGAGCUCGGCCCCGACCACACCCAGAAGGCCAUCGCCAUGAAGUCCAUCAAGUACCACGCUGCCAUGCGCGACAAGUACCCUGUGUGGGGUUGCAUGUUCGAGAUCCACCAAUUAACCUACCAAAUUCAAAACGCUGAGGAAGAGCUCCAGGCCGUACUCCACCAGCUGGCAUUCUACAGACAACAGCAGCAGCAGCAACAGCAUCAACAACAACAUGAGAACCAACUGUCUUCUCACACGCCUGACGACUACAUCUCUGACCUCCAGCUCGGGAUGGGCCCGCCCGGGAACAGCCUCGAAGCCCACUCCCACUACAACAACAACAACAACAACGAGGAGGCUGCGGUGGCCGACUACAACAUCAACUACAUGGAUUUUAAAGAGAUGAACAAUGUGGUGAACUCGAUGUGCGGUUAUAGUAACAACAAUAGCAACGAGAACAACACGAAUUCGAUCCUAACGCACGCGCAUCUCAUGAUGCAACAGCCGCCUAUCUCCGCCGUGGAGCACGAGGAUUAUAACGAGAUGCAACCGUUUUUUGAUAAUAUUGAUGAUUCACAGUCUUAUAUUGGCUCCAAAGAAGUCUAUGAUCAAUCUAGUUUGAGCUUGGAAUCGGCGUUCAAGGAAUCGAGACAUGAUGUUGAGGAGAUUAAUGAGAAUGAGCUCAAGAAUGCUGCAGCAUGUUUUAGCCUUACUAGUGUCAACUAAUUCAAUUUUUUGAGCAUUCAUAGUUUCUGGAAAUACUUGGUUUUCUCGAAGAGAGACUAAUUGAUUUCUUUGGCUUAAUUUGUCAUUAUCUGUGAAUUUGAUAGUGUUUCAUUUGAUGUAUUGAUUUUUCAUGAAUCUAACUAACAUUUCUGUUUGAUUUUAAUAGGUACAGAGGUGCUAGUUGAGAGAGGUGUGGGACGCACCGAAUGGCAUUUUCUUUGA